GUGGGGAUCUCGGUUUGGUUGCCUGAGAAUUCUGAACCUCACUCCAGAGACACUUACAACGGAGAGCUCACUGUGGAGGGAAUUCUCACGGAUUAAGAGACUGUUCGUUCAAAACUCCUUCUUGUUAAUACCUCAGGAUAUCUGAGAAGACACAACCAACAGCAACCGAAACGGAUGUUGCCGCAAAUGUUGAAUCGUCAACUCAAAUGAAGACUUCUUCAGCGACCCGAAUGCGGAUGCUUAUGGCAAAAAAGAAAGUGUCUUGAGUUUUUCAAGGAAGAAAAACAGUACUAUCUAGUGGUGGUAGCUAUUUAUUGAAGAACUUUAGUACAGCCAGUAUGUUGCAGCAACGAGUGUAAAAGUAACAGCUCUAGUAGCCUAUUUUGCCUGUGAAAUACAUUGAUGUUUUCCAUAAUUAGGUAGUUGGCCAGUGCCUUUCGCACGCUUGAACUGUGGUUGUCGUUUUGGGUAGCUAGCACGCUACAAAAUGAAGUUCCGCAAGAGUUAGCUCGCUGGUUAGCUGAUGUGUUAUUCCUAGUUAGCCAGCUAGCUAAGCUAACAACAUAGCAACAUUGAAGUUUUAGGAUUGACAUACAAGGCGACUACAGCGCUUUAGGAGGGGUUGUGAAUAUCCCAGAAAAGAAUCGGUGCUGUGCUCCUUUUGCUGAAGACUUGGGGCUUGUCUGCCAAGCUGGUUCUCGAGCCAACGUUUGCUUAUUUCCUUUUCAAACGCCCCCUCCCCCUCCACAGUUAUAUACAAACGCUAGUUAGCUCACAAACGCUAGCUUUCUUCAAGAAAAAGAAAGGAAGAAUUCAACUUGCACAAAACAUUACAUUAGUUCGCAAUAAAGAAUUCGAAAACUGUCAAGUUUGACAUUUAAUCCUAUGGAAAGUGCGUGAUAGAGAUGCAAAUAUAGAUUUAUAGCGUUUGAUUCUGUCAACACGCUUGUCUAGCUAAGUUAGUACUCUACCAGCAGCAAGCUGCCUGCCAAGCAGUCAAAUCGCUAGCUUUCUGUUUCUCGCUUUUAGCGAGGUAGCUAACGUUAGUUGGCUAACUUGCUCAUUGCAAGUUGGGGAACGAGCAAUCGCAACACCCUCUCUGUUGUCAACCCAAGAAAAUGGAGAAGCCAACUUGACGUUGUCGAUGCUGUCAUUUUCGGUAUUUUCAGACGGUCUCUGCUAUUCAAUAGUCUUUUGCUGUUAGGACUAGACAUUUGUAUCAGUUUACUCGAAUGCUUUUUUUUUUAUCAUGCACGAAUAUUUAUCCAGCAACUUAGAUAAUUAACCAGUUUGUGUCGCGUCGUUUGCCAUUAUUUAUGUCGUUUCGCAGGCAUUGGACAUACAGGAAGCAACAUCGGAGGCGAUGAAAAUACAGUUGGGCGAAACAGCACAGUUGCUUUUUAUUUUUCUGUAACAGAAUGGAUAUUUCAUUUCAGUCAGUGAAUUUAUCACUGGAAAUGAAGCAACAUAUAGGCGCAUGAGUCGUCCAUUUUCGUGUCUGAUACCAAGCGAGCUGGCUUGCUCACGUGUUAAUGUUUAUGGCGUCGCGUUUUAUUUAGCUGAUUUAGCUGUAUGUGUUUACUGUCGUCUGGAGAGCGUUUGGAUGCAUUUGCUACCAGUGUCUUUGAUGUGUUAAUCUCGCAUGGAUUUUAGUUGCAAGAGCGAUAACCUAAUCAAGAGGAGCCCUGUAUGAAUUGCCCGACUUAACCAACCUUGCGCACCGCAGUGUUUGUCUGAAAUGGUUUUGGAUUAUGUAGCUUGUAUUUUUAAUUUAGCCUAACCGUCAUUUAUAUAAUCAGCUUGCAGGUGGAUAUUUUCAAGAUCGUAAAGCUCCCUGGAGAAAGGGCGAGGAGCAAAAUUCUUAUCAAUUGAAUCAAAGCCGCAACAUUAUCUUCAUCAUUUUCGAAACGGGUUGUCUGUAAUGGCCAUGCAACGUUGUCGUUUACAGUAGCUAACGGCAUCAAGCCUGUUUUCCUAUGCGAGUUCAUAUUUUUUGGUUAGAUUUUAAGACCUCGAUUUCCCCUUUAGAGUACAUUUGGCGAUGUCUCACAAUGGCUGUUUUUUGAGACCUUGGUGAUCAUUGAGGAAGAGAACUAAAGGCUCAGUUGGAUGCUUGGCCCGAGCUCCUGACUAGCCGCUACUGGUCACGGUUGGACUUUGAUUCAAACGGACCUGACUGUACAUUCGCAUCUGUGUCCAUCCACGACUGCUUCUGCUUCUGGUUCUGUAUCGAUUCGGUCGACCCAGGGCUGAAGAUGGCGGACCUAGAAGCAGUUCUCGCCGAUGUCAGCUAUCUGAUGGCGAUGGAGAAGAGUAAAUCUACUCCAGCCGCCCGGGCGAGUAAGAAAAUCAUCCUCCCUGAACCCAGUAUUCGCAGUGUGAUGCAGAAGUACCUGGAGGAGAGAGAUGACUUGACCUUUGACAAAAUAUUCAACCAGAAAAUCGGUUUCCUACUCUUCAAGGACUUCUGCAUGAAUGAAAUAGACGAGGCUGUGCCCCAGCUAAAGUUCUACGAGGAGAUUAAGGAGUAUGAAAAGCUGGACUCCGAGGAGGAGAGGCUCACACGCAGCCGACAGAUCUACGACGGCUACAUCAUGAAGGAGCUACUCUCCUGUUCACAUCCCUUCUCUAAGAAAGCUGUGGAGCAUGUCCAGACCCACCUGGCCAAGAAGCAGGUGCCGCCCAACUUGUUCCAGCCCUACAUUGUGGAGAUCUGCGACAGCCUUCGAGGCAAGAUCUUUCAGAAGUUCAUAGAAAGUGACAAGUUCACUCGAUUCUGCCAGUGGAAGAAUGUGGAGCUUAACAUCCACUUGACGAUGAAUGACUUCAGUGUUCAUCGCAUCAUUGGCCGAGGCGGUUUUGGAGAAGUCUAUGGCUGCAGGAAGGCAGACACAGGCAAAAUGUAUGCUAUGAAAUGUUUGGAUAAGAAGAGAAUUAAGAUGAAGCAGGGAGAGACCCUGGCUUUGAACGAGAGGAUUAUGCUGUCACUAGUCAGCACAGGGGAUUGCCCCUUUAUUGUUUGUAUGACGUACGCCUUCCAUACCCCAGAUAAGCUGUGUUUCAUCCUGGAUUUGAUGAAUGGUGGGGACCUGCACUACCACCUCUCCCAGCACGGCGUGUUCAGUGAGAAGGAGAUGCGUUUCUACGCUGCAGAGAUCAUCCUGGGUCUGGAACAUAUGCACAACCGCUUCGUCGUCUACAGAGACCUCAAGCCUGCCAACAUCCUGUUGGAUGAACAUGGUCACGUGCGUAUCUCUGAUUUGGGUCUGGCCUGCGAUUUCUCCAAGAAGAAGCCCCACGCCAGUGUAGGUACGCAUGGCUACAUGGCUCCUGAGGUUCUGCAGAAGGGUACGGCGUACGACAGCAGUGCUGACUGGUUCUCUCUGGGCUGCAUGCUCUUCAAACUGCUACGAGGGCACAGUCCGUUCCGGCAGCACAAAACCAAAGACAAACACGAGAUCGACCGCAUGACGCUAACCAUGAAUGUGGGGCUGAUAGCGGAAGAGUACUCCCCACCUUUGAUUCCUCCCAGAGGAGAGGUCAAUGCAGCGGACGCGUUUGAUAUUGGCUCCUUCGACGAGGAAGACACCAAGGGCAUUAAGCUGUUGGACAGUGAUCAGGAGCUGUAUAAGAACUUCCCUCUGGUGAUCUCUGAGCGCUGGCAGCAGGAGGUCGCCGAGACUGUCUACGAGGCCGUCAACAGCGACACCGACAAGAACGAGGCGCGCAAACGAGCUAAGAACAAACAGCUGGGCCACGAGGAGGACUAUGCGCUGGGGAAGGACUGCAUCAUGCAUGGCUACAUGUUGAAGCUGGGCAACCCCUUCCUGACGCAGUGGCAGCGGAGAUACUUCUACCUGUUCCCCAACCGUGUGGAGUGGAGAGGAGAGGGCGAGUCCAGGCAAAACCUGCUGACCAUGGAGCAGAUUGUCACUGUGGAGGAGACGCAGGUCAAGGACAAGAAGUGCAUCCUGCUGCGGAUCAAAGGGGGCAAGCAGUUUGUCCUGCAGUGUGAGAGUGACCCAGAGUUUGUCCAGUGGAAGAAAGAGCUGACGGAGGCCUUCACCGAAGCCCAGAAGCUUCUGCGUCGUGCCCCCAAGGUCAUCGGUAAAGGUCGCAGUGGAGGGGUGGUGGAGCUGUCCUCAAAGCCCCCACUCACACACCGCAACAGCAACGGCCUGUGAGCCACACACACACACACACAAACACACACACACACACACAGACACACACACAGAUGUGUACUCCUGCACACACACUCACGCACCAUCUGACUCUUAUACACACGCAUCCACUCUCAUGCAAGAACGCAAGAACACACACACACACAGAGCUCUGCUUUACCCUGCUGUGAUCUCACUAACAGGCCCAAAAAACCUCAUACACACACACACACACAUACAGUCUAACUCCUGCUGGUGCAGAGAGGGAAUAAAAAUCCACCUGGAUAGGGCCACUGGA